AUGACUGUUGUACAGAGAGUGUCGGGUGAUCGAGGUAGCAGUGGGAACGGAAGGUGGUGUGAUGGAAACAACCAAUGGGGGCUGCAGAGUGUGGGAACAGAGCCUCCAAGGUUUGCCUCUAAAGGACAAGAAUAUGAGGCAUUAGAGGGCGACACGUUGCUUCUACCCUGCUCGGUGGAAAAUCUCGGAUCGCACGUCCUGCUGUGGCGCAAAGGUAACCUGAUCCUGACCGCCGCCAAGCUGAUGGUCGCCCGGGACUCCCGCCUGUCGCUCCUACAGGACCGGGACUACGACCUCAGGAUUGCCAACAUCACAGCCAAGGACGCGGGGCAGUACAUAUGCCAAAUAGCAGACAUCUCGUCACAGGACCAGGUCCACAAGGUCUCCGUGCUAGCUCCGCCCAGGAUUGUGUCCACUGCUGCCAACAGUCAACUGACAGCCAGAAAGGGCAGUUCCGUCACUCUGACCUGCUCUGCCACAGGGAACCCUCAGCCCACCGUGCUCUGGUCUAAGAAGGACAGUGGCCAUCUCUACAAACCUGGGUCUACGGUAACACUAGACAGGGUAGAUCGUCACCACGCAGGAGUGUAUCAGUGUACAGCGACCAAUGGUGUGGGACCACCUGCAGUUCUGGACGUACGGCUAGAUGUGUUACAUCCCCCUGAAAUAGAAGUGGAGCAAGGGUGGGUGAACACGGCGGAGGGAAGCCAAGUAAAGCUUGUCUGCACGGUUUACGGAAACCCAACUCCCAAUUUACUGUGGUACCACGAGGGUGCUCUAGUCGUGGCCACGAAGAGGUACUCUACAGAUACAGUAAACAACAGACACUCUCUAUCACUAGCGCCAGUGCUGAGACAAGACUUUGGAAACUUCAGCUGUGUUGCAGAGAACCCACUUGGUCGCUCAAAACACACUAUCCAGCUUUCCGGUAAGCCGGGCAAACUGAGGGUCGUCAGCUCACCAUACAGCUCUUCAUCUCACAGUUACAACUUUGUUUGGAGAGUGGACAGUGCCUCACCGCUCGAGGAGUGCAGAGUUCUUUACAGGAAAAUAAUGAUCAACGACUCCCAUCAGCAGGUUGGACCCUGGCUGGAGACUAGGUUUCGUCCUCCGUCGUCCUCCACCCUCAGUCUCCUGCUCGGCGACCUACAGCCGUCCUCGGUCUACCAGGGUCAGACCCAGGUUCGCAAUCGCUACGGUUGGAGUGAUAUGUCCGAGCCAUUCCAGUUCUAUACAAGGGGGGACACUCACGACCUCUUUGAAAACAACGUAGAACACCUGUCAUCCCCAUCAGCUUCCGUACAUCGAAGAGGCUUUACGCUGAGUCUGGCGAUUUUUCACCUCUUUUUACAAUUUAUAUAACACGUAUUUUAACUUUGUAACAUUGCCUAAGUUUUCAUGUAUAAGAUAACUGUUGAUCUAUUUAAAAGCUGUGUUAUGUAAA